AAAAUGAAGUAGUUGACGAGGGCAUGGAUUUUAUACUACCUUUAGUGCCUUCAAUACAAAGGCUGAAUCAAGGAAAAAAAUUGAAAUUUAGAAUUAAAUUCCUGCUGGCAGUUGCUGAUGCAGAACGAUCAAGUGGAUCUCAGUCAUCAGUCGCAGAAGAGAUAUCGUUGAGGUCCACUUGUUUGAAUCAGGAUAAGAGAUGGAAUCAAAAAUUUUCGGGACUGGUGCUGCCAUCUGGAAAGUAGGAGUAGUUGAUAUUUGCACCACUAGAUGGCGAGAGUUGCAUAUCUGAUGAGUCAGUGUGCAGAGUGGAAUUCAACUGGGAGGAUGUGUUGUGUAUCCACAGUGAUUUCCGUGAUACUCUGUGUUUGGUGUGUGGCGAUUUUACGAUGGAUCCGCGAACAGAGCAGCGCAUGUGUAUCAAAUUCUGUGCGAAUCUCUGGAAAAGUGCUAUGGAGACCCUUGCAAUGAUUCAACAAAUGUUUGGGGGCAGAGCAUGAGCCGUACGCCGGCGUUUGAGAAGCAUGCUUGGUUCAGGGCCGGCCGUACGGACGUUGAGGACUGGAAGGCCCAUUAGCUGCACAACACCAGACAUUGUUGCCAAACUUCAACAACUGGUUAAUGCUGAUCGACGUCGAACCAUUUAAGAUCUUGCGGAUGAAGUGGGUAUUGGUUAUGGGACAUGUCAACUAAUGUUGACUGAUGAAUUGGGCAUGCAUCGUGUCACCGCAAAAUUUGUGCCAAGGAUCUUGACUGCCGAUCAGAGGGCACAGUGUGUUGAAGUGUGCACGGACCUUCGUUGGACCGCAUCUGAUGAUCCAACCUUCUUAUCACAUGUUCUCACUGGCAACGAAAGCUGGAUUUAUGGUUAUGACCCAGAGACAAAGCAACAAUCAUCCCAGUUGAAGAGUCUGGGCUCUCAAAGACCCAAAAAAGCGAGAAGGUGAAGAGCAAAGUGAUGAACAUGAUCAUCGUUUUCUUUGAUACCAAGGGAAUUGUGCACAAAGAAUUUGUCCCACCCAACCAAACAGUGAAUUCCGCAUGCUACUGCAAUGUUUUGUGCCUAAUUUCAAUUUUUUACCUCAAACCAUUCCUGAAAUAUGGCCAUGUUUCAAAAACUGGCCAAAAAUGUGUGAGCGGACUUUUUUUUUAAAAUUGCCCUAGGAGCUGCCCUAAUUGAGCUAGAGAACUGGGAAAGGUGUCAUUUUGCAGCAUUUUUCAUGCUCUUUCCAGUGAUAAACAAAAAACAUAGCUUCUAAUUAAUAACCUUUUUCAAAAUGGUAAUUAAUAUUUUGAUUUCAUUUUUUACAAAAAGCACAUAAUUAAAAAUUUUCAAAAUAUUUCCAUAACUACUUCAUACUGUUGUAAAUCACAUGGCAAAAUAUAAAUGUGGGAUGAUGAUGGGUUUAUUGUUAAAAAAAAAUUAUUCUGGACUCUUGUUUUUCACUAACGGCCCUAGUUUGACUAAACUGACCUUUAAGGUAGUACGUCAGUAGAGGACCGUAUACAUAGGGCUUGAUGUCUGUACAAUAAUUCAGAGACUGGAACCAUUGUUGAGAUGAUGUAGUCUGCAUUAUUACCUUCUAAGGCUUAGUGUGCCUACAGCAUUAUUGUGCACUGUGGUUUUAGUGCAAAUGAAUUGUUGCCUCUGUGUUGACCAGUUUGUAUUUAUUAUAUUUAAUAAUUCAUUUUCAAGUAAAUAUAUACAUUGAAGAACAGUUUGUAAGUGGUUUUUGUAUAAAUAUGGAACCAAGUAAAAAGUGCAGUGAUGUAAGAGUGCAGUGUUGUAAUCCAUUGAAGAAGUCAAAUUAUUUUAUUAGAGACAGAAAAAAACUGAGAAAUGUCACAACAUGGAUGCCCAAAUUAUUUCCUCAAAUACCAAGUGGUGCCAAGAUUUGUGAUAAAUGUAGGAAAGAUGUAACCAAAUUGAAAAAUACACCAGAGCCCAUCAGUGAUGAAAGUGUUGAAGAAGAAUCUUCUGGAUCAGAGAUAAUCAUCCGAGACCAAGACCCUGACUUCACUCCAACUUCAGUAGCUGUUAAAACAUUUAACACAACACUUCAAGAACUAGGUGAGUCCCCAAUUGACAAGAGAAAACUAACAUCUAGGCAUUACGCCAAAUCAAAAGUGAAGAAAAUCUCAUCAAUGACACGUUAACUUUUUGUUGCACCUGAAACUUCUUCGUCAGAUACUGAUACUGAUGAAUCUGUUCUUGAAAAUCUUAAAAGAAACUUUAAAAAUUCUAUAACUAGAGCAAAAAAACUAAUGAUUCUUACAAGUUUACCUGAAAAGUGGAGUGUCAGCAAAAUAAUGAGGGAAUUUAAUACUCCGAAUUACAUUGUUCGGCAGUCCAAAAAAGUUUCGAAAGAGAGAGGUUUCAUGGAAGGUCCAAACCCAAAACCAGGGAAUUGUUUACCAACAGAAACUGUCAAAACUGUACAUUCAUUUUAUGAAAAUGAUGAAGUUAGCAAUGCCAGGUAUUAAAGAUUGUGUGACAAUUACAGAAAAAAGUGGAAAUAAAAUAAUAUCAAAAAGACUUAUUUUGUGUAACCUUGAAGAAGCUUACAAGCAUUUUAAAGACAAGUUUCCUAACAUAAAAAUAGGUUUCUCUAUAUUUGCUGAGUUGAAACCAAAACAUUGUGUAUUAGCUUGCCGGAGUGGCGCACACACACUGUCUGCGUGCGCACAACUCACCAAAACAUAAAAUUAAUGAUAGAAAAUGCCAAACUAAAUACAGUAACAAACAGAAGCUUAAACAGUUAUAAGCAGUGCAUUGCAAAAAUGCUUUGCAACCCAUCAUCAGUUGAUUGCAAUUUGGAAAACUGUGAAUACUGCCCUGGAGAAACUGUCAUACGUAAAAUUUUAAGACACUCUUCCUGAAAACUUAUUGAACAAUUUCAGUUCCGACAGUGGAUGUCAGUUGACCGAUGUAAUCUGGAAAUUGUUCAGAAAACUUCUGAAGAAUUCAUAGAUUUAUUUUGUUGUAAGAUGUCGACUUUGAUUCAGCAUGACUUCAUUGCCAGGCAACAACGAACAUUCCUUAACUCCACAGGAGAAAACCUUAUGUAAUCUGAAUUUGUCAUGUGUGAUUUUUCAGAAAAUUAUAGUAUAGUUCUACAGGAUGAAGUUCAGAGUUUCCACUGGACAAGACAACAGAUUACCAUUCAUCCUUUUGUUAUAUAUUACCAACAGGAAGACAAAAUUGAGCAUAUAAGCUUUGUCAUUGUUUCUGACUGCCUGGAGCACAAUACAACUGCGGUUUACACCUUUCAAAAGAAGCUAAUUUCAUAUCUAACAAAUAAAUUUCAAAAGAUUCCAAAAAAGAUAUACUAUUAUUCUGACGGUUCUGCCGCUCAGUAUAAAAAUAAGAAAAACUUCCUGAACCUUUGCCUUCGUGAGGAAGACUUCAACAUAAAAGCUGAGUGGCACUUUCAGCCACAGCACAUGGAAAAGGGCCUUGUGAUGGAGUAGGAGGUUCAGUAAAGAGACUGGCAGCUCGUGCAAGUUUGCAAAGGCCAUACCAAAAUCAGAUCCAAACCGCACGAGAUCUAUUUGAGUGGGCAUUAGAUAAUAUCACAAAUGUUGAUUUUGCAUAUUCCACUCAAGAAGACUAUGCUGCUUCAGAAAUAUUCUUAAAAAGCCGACUUGAAGAGGCAUUGACAAUCAAAGGAACACAGCAAUUUCACGCUUUCAUUCCCAACACUACAUCAGAAUUAAUAGUCAAAUACUUAUCAGGUGAUAUGUAGAGUUGGGAGAGUGAGGUAACUGCAUUACCAGACAAACUGAUGUUACAAGAUGUAUCAGGCCAUGUCACCACUGUAUAUGGCAGAAACUGGUGGCUUUGGGUACAUUUUAGAAAAAAACGAAGAACUUGAUGAAGUGAAAAUAACUUUUCUUCAUCCAUGUGGACCAGCUAAGUAAUUCUCUUAUCCUGCACAUGCAGAUGUCCUGUGGGUGUCAGUUGUGGAUGUUCUCACAAAAGUGAAUCCAUUUACUCCGACAGGGAGAACAUACAUUCUUAAUGAAAGUGAUGCAAACCAAACCCAGUCAGCUUUAUUAAAAUGUAAUAUGUGAGGUUCCAAGACAAUUUAUUGGGAAACUGCUUUCAACUCAAAACUUAAUUUUUGUCUCAGGAUUUGGCUCAGUAGUGUUCAGGACCAGUAACUUCUGCAGUUCGACACAAUGAGUUACAAGGAAACAACAGGAGAUUUAAAUACAUCAGUUGGUGAAUUGGCCAACUUGAUGAAUGAUACUUUCACAUGCUGCAUGAGGAACUAUGAAGCUUUACUGCCUUACCUUGAGAAAAAUGAUACAACACCUAAAAUAUAUCAUAGAUUAGUGCAUGUUAAUAUAUUGUUGAACAAGUUAAAUGAAGAACUCGUAGGACUGAGAGUUGACUAUUUAACUCUGUCAUCAUAUGAACAAAAAGGGGAGCCUGUUCUGUCUGAGGGAACUAGGAAGAGAAGAGGCUCUGAGGUAAGCAGAAGCGGGGCCAAAAGUAUAAAGACGGAAAUACCGGUUUCCAGUAAUACUGAGUUUUCAGUUACGUUAUUUUCAGAGACUGGAAUCAGUAAGCACUCAGGGAAUUUUGUAUCAGUGGAUACUGAAGGAACAAAACACACAAACGUACAGAAGUCAGAUGUGCACUGUGCCAAAAAUAUAAAAUCAGAAGUACGUGACUCAGAUGAAGUUGUAGAUUUAGUUGAAUUCACUGCAGGUAGUAGUUACACUCCAACAGUUCAGACAGCAUGUGAUACUAUAAAUAAUGGGAUGACAUUACAUAUUGCUGGUGAUGAGAAAAAUGCAUGUGUGUUAGGUAGACUUGUGGGAGGUAAUGCAUGUGCUAAGCCUGCUGACAAAAUUACUCAGAAUAAAAGUAAUGAAGAGUGUGUGGAAUGUGAAUCUGGUGGUGGUGGUGGUGGUGGUGGUGGUGGUGGUGGUGAUAGUAAAGAUUACGGCAUUCACAGAGGACUACAAGGAGAAGUUAGUUGUACAACUUCUGUGUCUUACCAAGCAGAGAGACCAUUUGAUGAUAAAAAAUCUCCUGUUGCUUUCACUACUUCUGAUAUGGAAUCUGCUAUGUUGGUAAAAGAGAGAGAAAGCAGUUGUAACAAGGGGGAGAAAGGAGCUCCUCAUUCUCCUAGGAGAGACGAAAGAGCUGAUAUACCUGUUCAGAGAGCAGAGGAACUGUGUGAUACAGAACUUGAUCUAUAUGGUGUCAUAAGGCACAAGAAAAGGCAAUUUAAGUGUACAGUGUGCGACUGUGUACUUUGUAGUAAAUACGCACUGUAUGAUCAUUUGAAAGGAAAGAAGCAUAAAAAGAAACUAGUAACUGCAAAGAACAGUUCUGCUAAAGGGUCUGGAAUUUCACAAAGCAGCUUAGAAAGUACCGGUACUGCUUCUGUUUCAGUGUGUUCUGCAGUUGCCUGCUCACAUACUGAUUUUGUUCCAAGUAACAACUGUGAAAGUACAGCAUCUAUUCCUGUGUAUUCUGCUGUUUCCUGCUCACCUUUGAAUACUGUUCCAAAUAACAGUUGUGAAAGCAUAGAAUCUGUUUCUGUGUAUUGUGAUGUUUCCUGCUCACUUGCUGACACUACUACUAUUGUAGAGAACACACACCAGAUAAUAUCAACAAAACAUGCAGUCAGAUUAGAUGAUAUAUGGACAUAUUUUCGUGCACCAUUUCACAUUAACAAAAAAUUCUUCAGGAUUCAUUCAGGGAAAGUAGUUUGCUCCCUUUGUAAUGAAAAGAUGGAGAGAUACUUACUCGGUGUAAAGACACACAUUUCUAAAUUAAGUCACCUAAAUCGGAUAACUGUAUUACAAAACAUAGAACUGGCAAAUAAGUCCUCAAGUAAACGGCUGUUGAAUAUACCAGGUAUUCUAAACAAUAUUAUUCCUAGAACUCAGUUUAGUUUGACAGACAAUGGUUUUUUUUGUAGUGUUUGCAAAUGUUUCUGCGAAAAUACAACUGUAUUAAGUCAUAUGACAGGUGCAAGUCAUGGCGAAAAGCUAGAGGAAAUGAGAAAAUCAAUGGAAAGCAAAAUGGAAGCAACUCGGGCAAGGAAAAAAAGGAAGAGAGGAUUACAUCACUUAAGAGCUAUACAGAACUGUCGCCAACAGGCACAUGUUUAAAGGGACACCAUGUGGCAAAGUGAAACGAAAAUUAGCAUUGUGAUGAGUGUUUAAGAUUAAGUGAAAACAUCAAAGUGAAAUAUGGAAAAAGUAAAUGGAAUAAAUAGCUAUUUAACGAAGAGUGGUGGACUGGGAUAAAGUUUUCAAAUAGGUUGCUUUGGCAGGAGCAAUUUUGAACUUGUUGGGAGGUCUCGACAGUACAUUUUGUAUUUAUGUACAGAGUUUUAUGUGCUUUUUCCUUACAUAAUAUUUAUUUACCUGUUCCCACACACUUUUAAAGUAAAUAUUAUUUUUUGUUGUUUAUUUUAGUUUUUGUUGUUAUCAUAUGUAAGAUUUAGCUUUAAAGCUGAAUUCAUCAUUCAUUUCGUUGUAGUAACAUUUUCUCUUUCUUAUACAUUUACAUGCCAGCUGUUUACUCAUAUGUCUUGUACAUAUAAUUCUGUUGUUAUCCAUUCAAAAUUUCGCAAUGAGAAAACCAGCUACUUUAGAAAAGAAUGCUCUGGUUCUCUCACACUACUCAAUGCCAUUUUUAUAUAUUACUGAAAAUAAACCAUUUACUUUAGAUAGCCA